GGGCUACUUCAGCUCUCCGUGAAGUUGGCUGCAGUUCACGACCAACCGCCGCGACCGUCUGUUGUCCUCGAUCGAGGAUCUCGGAGCAGCGUUUGAGUGAUCGCAAGAAGUUUUGUUUGUUUCGUUGGCAAAGGUCUGCGACAUCAGUGCAGCAUCAUGAGCAAUCUCAGCGAGAUACAGUCCUUUUUCAAAGGAAGGACCAUCUUCAUCACCGGAGGUUCUGGUUUAAUGGGGAAGGUACUUAUAGAGAAGCUACUGUACAGCUGCAGCGAUCUUGAGAAGAUUUAUAUACUGCUAAGGCCCAGAAGAGGCCGCUCGCCUGAGAUCCGCGUGGACGAGAUGUUCAAACUGCCCAUGUUCAACAGAAUUCGUAAAACCAAGCCGAGCGUGAUGAAGAAGUUGGUACCUUUUCAAGGUGACGUCACUAUGGACAAAUUGGGCCUUACCGACGAACAGCAGGAACGUCUGGUCAACGAAGUCAGCGUUAUUUUUCAUUGCGCCGCGACGCUUAGGCUCGAAGCUAAGCUUAAGGACGCCAUUGAGAUGAAUACGGUUGGCACGAAGAGGAUAUUGGAAUUGAGUAAACAGAUCAAGGGCCUUAAGGCCCUGGUCCAUCUGAGCACUGCGUUCUGUCACGUUGACCAGGAGGAACUUGGCGAAAGGGUCUACGAUGCUCCUGAUGAUCCGCGUGACGUGAUGCGAUUGGUACAGUGGAUGGAUGAAAGCGCAAUUGACCUUAUAACACCGAAGUUGCUGGAUCCUCAUCCUAAUACUUAUACGUACUCGAAGCGAUUGGCUGAAAAAUUAGUGGCUGAUGAAUAUGCGAAUUUACCGUGCAGCAUCGCAAGGCCAUCGAUAGUGACUCCAGCUUGGGCCGAACCACUGCCCGGGUGGGUGGACAGUUUGAAUGGGCCUGUGGGCCUUAUAGUAGGUGCUGGGAAAGGUGUCAUCAGGUCAAUGCAUUGCAAUGCUAAUUAUCAUGCCGAGGUCAUACCUGUUGACCUUGCUAUAAACGCACUGAUAGCCAUCGCCUUUAAAAUCGGAUCGGCCGUCGAGAAGCCCAAAAAUAUUCCCGUUUAUAAUAUCACGCAAAGUGGCGUAUUGCCCAUAAAGUGGGGCGAGGUCUUGGAAAAAGGGAAAAAGGUCGCUUAUCAAUAUCCCUUUGAGGGCGCCAUCUGGUAUCCGGAUGGAGACAUCAGAAGCAGUAAAUUUAUUCACAAUCUCUUUGUCUUCUUCUUUCAUCUAAUCCCUGCGUACUUUAUCGACUUUCUGAUGCUUAUUUUCCGACAGAAACGCUUUAUGGUUCGAAUCCAAAAACGCAUCACUGAUGGUCUCGAACUUCUGCAAUACUUCACCACGCGCGAAUGGGUCUUUCAUAAUACAAAUUUAUUAAUAUUAUGGGGCGACAUGAGUCCCAAAGAUAAGGAAUUAUUUCCCAUUGAUUUCUUAGUACUGGACGAGGUGGAAUAUCUGAAAAAAAUUAUUUUGGGCGCAAGGCAGUAUUGCAUGAAGGAAGACCUGUCGACAUUGCCACGAGCGCGUAUGCAUCAGAAAAUGCUCUACGUAAUCCACAACAUAGCCGUCUACUCGUUCUAUUUCGGAAUUCUUUACUACGUUUAUCGGCACUUCGAAGCCACCAGAGUGACUUUGGAUUUUGUCACGGAAAAAUUAAAAGUAUUGCCAAUCGUCGGAGGCCUUGUGGAAAAGGCGCAUAUCUAAAGAUUUUUUUAAUCAUGCCAUUUUUUUUCAAUUUACUUCAUCCAGCCAUCUAUGCAUAUUAAGUUACUCGAGCACGUUUUUGGGCAAGAUAAAAAAAAGUCAAAAAGGGUCACCUAACUAUUUUUUCGCGAUGCUUUCGCUUCUGUAACAUUGAUCUUACGUAUACAAUAAUGAUAAUAGUAACGGUAAUUAGUAGUGAUAACAGCUUCGGAUAGAUCUAAAGGCAGAUGGCCUGUACGAGCUUUAAACAAUUUUUUAUUUUUAUUACAUAGGCCUGUAGUACCUUUAGAUGUAUGUAAUUCGCGUAUAAUAAUGAUAAUAUAAACGAGAGUAUGUUAUUUUGGGUGAUAAGAGAUUAGAGCUAAAAAUAGCGAAUUCGAACAUCGAGAACAAAUGAAACCUCUGUAAACGUCUAAGGGUUGAGAUACAGGGUGUCCUGAAACGAACGCAUGCGAAUAACAUGCUCCUAAUCCUUGGGUAAAAAAAAACAUUUUACAUUUAAGUACACAAGGAUUUCUGUGUCCUUAUAACGGUCAUUUCGUCAAUCUAAAACUUUAUGAACAUGAGACUUGAAAAAUGUUACGAACAAAUGAACCCUGCUUAAUCGCGGCAAUUUGUCAAAACUUUUUGUAAAUAUAUGUACAUUGAUUUCUUUAUAUAAAUAAAAAUCUAUUAAUUUCCGUACGCAAUGGCGUACGCGCAUUGCGAUGAAACAGAGCCCGUAAACGAAAAGUCGGUUUUUUCAUCGUCGUGAGUUUUGUUCUUUGAAAGAGGCCAUUCGAUUUUUUUCUAUACACCCUAUACAUAGAUAUACAUAUAUACCAAUAAUAUUUAAGAACUUUAUAUAGACGAUGCUAAGAGCUAGUAACGAAAAUAUCUUUAAAAAGAAAAUUUGAAAUUAUAAACGUAACCAAAUGUUCUUCUAGUUUUUCGAUUAGAUAAUAAGAUUAAGCUCAAUUAUUAUAUCCGCGAUGAAUCAUGCUAGAAUGAUUUUUUUAUAUAUGCUUAUAAAUAUAAUCGGUGGAAUAAAAAGAUGUAUCGACGA